GGGGCGCGAUAGCGGCCGCCUCGGGCUUCGUGCGGAUCAGCGGCAGGGUGAGGUCGACCAGUGGAGGGUUUUUCACAAACGUGUUCGUGAGCCCAAACAGUAGCGAUACAUACAUAACUUUUUUAGGGGGCAUGGUUCUCUCGUCUUUGUAACCCGCGUCCGUCUUUAAGAGGCUAAAGUUGUCCCGAUGAAUGUUGCCAUGGAAGCGGAGAACCAAAACGAGAUGUUUAAGUCCACAAGCAGCUGUCCAUCCCAGAACAGCAGCAGCUCCUCCAGCCCAGAAGUGUUGCCUCCAGAGAAUGACAGCUGGACCCAGCACUCCCCCCGCCCCGGCACGGCCAGCUCCCGCCCCGGCACUGUUAUCCCCAAUCGCAUUUUUGUCGGGGGAAUCGAUUGCAAGGUGAACGAGAGCGACCUGCUACACGUCUUCUCUCAACAUGGUGCAGUAAAAGAGGUGAAGAUUGUGAUCGAUCGCACAGGGAUGUCGAAGGGAUAUGGCUUUGUUACAUUUGAGACCCAAGAUGAUGCAUUGAAAAUCCUUCAUGAUGCUAAUGGAAUCAGUUUUAAAGACAAGAAGCUCAGCAUUGGUCAGGCCGUCCGCAGGCAGCACGCUUCGGCACAAACGAAGAGUUCCCCCGUGACCGCCCUCGACUGCGCCGUGCCGCGUCCGAUUUCCUGGGGCCCCGCGUGCGCAGACGCUCCGUACUUCUGCCACAACGGGGUGACCUACUUCCACUGCCCCAACGCGAGCCCUCUUCCCCACCGCUGGCCCCCCGCCCCUCCGGUGACGCUUCCUGGGCCCCAUCUGCCCGUCUACCAGCAACCAGCCUAUCACCACCACCACCAGUGUGCCCCAAACCAGUACCAGUGGAACGUCGUCCCGGCGCCGAUGCCCCAGAGUCCCGUGGUGUACUCCCCGCCGUCAGAGUAUCUGGGCCCGGCCCAGCCUCCUCUACCCGUGAUGGAGGACGCCGCGCCAGAGUUUGUGGAGCCGGCCGUGCUGCAGGUUUACCCGCAGUACCCUCAAAGAGCGGACGGCAUGACUCCUUUUGUCCUGCAACUCGACCCAAGAAAGAACGCGGUGUUUCCGCACGCGCAGGUCCAUCCCAAGGCAAAGUGCCGCCACUUCACCCCCCACAAAGACCACUACUACCUGCCAGAGGACACUGCGCCUCCAGAGGCCUCCAUGCUUUGCACUCAUCAGCCGCUCAUGUAGCGCAAACAGUCCCCGACACCACAAGCCCCCGAACCGCCUGCUUCUCCAUUAGGUCAUCCGUCGAUGCGGUCAGCUGUCUAACCUGUGCCUCACAACAUGGCGUGUUUUACUGCUCUCAGGUCUGUUCCCGUGUUGGGGUUUGCACGACGCUGCAGUGGCUCACGCUGCAUUCUGUACAUAACGGUAGUUAUUCUCCUCCUCCUCAAACCAAAAUUAGACGCGAGUUUAGCUGUAAACCAUUUACUGUGGUCAUUUUGAUAAACUGCCAUCUGAUAUGAUAUGACAUUUUCUUAAUGGAGCCCAACGAAUGUCUUAAGCUCUUCAGCAUUUAAAUUGAUUUUAACCAACAAAAUUCAAACUUUUUAUAUUCUUUUUAGAAACUCAAUUGAAUUUCAAACGUUAAAAAUGCACAAUAUCGAGCAAGUCAUUUCAAACAAUUCAUUUUUAUAAAACCAACUUAAACCGUAACGAGUACGUUUACGCUCAGAUCAUAAAGCCAUCAUGCACAGCGUCAUGCACACGCAGGAUGGAGCUGAGAAUAUCUUUCUUUUUUACCUCGCUGUGCGUCCGGAGGGGAUCAGUGAUCACAAUGAUUUUGGAGGAUAUGAAGAGGGCCGCCUUGCUGACCUCAGAUCAGUGUAGAGAUGGAUAAGUCAUCCUGCAGGAUGCGCUAAACUGACUUUAACCUUUCAGGAUCUUCUGAUUCACACAAACAUUUUUAACGACAAUGACGCAGCGUUGUGGCUGGACGAAGGUCUUGAUCAGUUGAAAACACGGUCCAAUUAGUUUAUAAUAAUAAUAAUAAUAAUAAUUAAAAACUAGAAGAAGAAACAAGUCAUUAUUCAGCCAGUUAUCCAUGAACGAGGAGGGAUCAUUUAAUAUUUAGAAAUCCAUAAUAGAUCAGAUUACAGAU